GCUUUAUAUAGCUUAUUUGGAUGUUUCACUAGUAAACUAUUCAGGUGGACAUUAAGAGAUGCCUGGAGGAAGAAUUAUUUUCUCCAUCAAUUUCCUGUGAAAUAAUAGUUGGAAGUUUUUUUCCAGUUCCCUGGAUUCCGCUGACUGUGUGUCAAAGCAGACAAGCAGCCAGCCUCUAAGUGAAACAGCUGUCAGAGAAAAAGUGACUGAUCUCAGUGAAUCAGAUUGCCCAGACCUAGAAGGCAAGAAGCUGGUAGAUACACAGGCAGCACAUAAUUCAAGUGGUGAGAGUCCAGAUGAUGUGACUGUGUUUGCUGGUGAAGAGCCUCAGUUUGUUAGGACCGGCACAUUCACAAGGACCAUUUCACCACCCACUCUGGGGACACUAAGAAGUUGCUUCAGUUGGUCUGGAAGUCUCAGAGAGUUUUCAAACUCUCUGAGAACCUCUCCAAAGCCAAGCACAAUGUCACAGCAGUUCCAAAGAAAAAGCGGUUCCCCUUCCUCUCUGCCUGAAGACACUAAUAUGUCUGAUAUGUCUCAGUCAAAGAGUGAUGAGUCAGGUGAUGAAGCUCAGCCCUUACGUGAAAUGGAUUUGUCCUCACAGUCUCAGAAAAGUAUGGAAUUCUCACCACACAGUUUAAAUGCAUCAGAACUUUCUCAGCCUUCUAGUAAGGAUUCCGAUUCAGAGGAGUCUGAUUGUAAUAAUAAGUCACUUCAUAAUCAAGGUAAUCAGAACUCCAAGCAACAUUUAUCUCAUUUUUCAAGGAAAGAGACACUUCUAAGGAAUAAGGUUCCUGGGCUAAGUAAAUCUAGUUCUGUGGACUGUCUUUCUGCCACCAAGAUCAAAGCUCUGGUUCCUGCCAGAGUCAGUGGGCUGAGCAGGAAGCCAGCAAGCAUCCAGAGGAGAAAUCAUCGCAAUGCCGAGAACAAGCCAGGUUUACAGAUAAAAAUCAAUGAGCUCUGGAAAAAUUUUGGUUUUAAAAAAGAUUCUGAAAAGCUUGUUUCUUAUAAAAAGCCCCUGUCUCCAGUGAAAGAUAACAUCCAGCUAACUCCGGAAGCAGAAGAGGAUAUAUUUAACAAACCUGAAUGUGCCCAUGUUCAGAGAGCAAUAUUCCAAUAAACACGGACUGCUGGGAGGCUGCUGUCCUCUGGAAGAUUAUAUCAAUUGGAACUCCUUGUUUGGAAGUGAGGCGAUUACCAGCCUGAAAGAUUUGUUCUUAGACAACAUUUUAAAACUAGAAUGUAUUUUGUAUGACGUUAACUGCAUAAUUGUUUCACUCAGCUUUUUAUAUUUUCAUAAAAAGCUAAAGAGAAUAAUUUUGUCUUUGAUGGUUUUUUUGGAAGUUUUAGUGUUUAAUUGGGCAAAUCCUCUGGAGUUGAUGAAAAUCUAAAGAUCUGUGUGAUGUCUAGUAUAAGAUGGUAAAUGGAAAGCCACAAUUCUAUAGUCUUUAUGCUAGAAGAAAUCACUGUUUCUCCAGGCUUUAGAUUUUUCCUGCUGCUUUCCCUGUCCAUCAUCUCUGUGGACUUGAAAAUAGAGUUGCUGUGAUGGGAGGGACGGUUGAAAGGUUAAAGAUCAUUACCCAAAUGCAGCUGUGUUCCAUUAUUCCCGAAGAGUUUGGCUGGUCAUAGGUUGACAGCAAAGGACAGUUGUUUUCGGCCUCAUGUAAAGGAACUAUUUCUCUUUUUUUUGGGUACCGGGGAUCGAACUCAGGACCUUGCGCUUGCGAGGCAGGCAGCAGAACCACUGAGCUAAAUCCCCGGUCCAGGAACUAUUUCUUGUGUCAUUAAUAUUCUUCAAACUUCAGAACAGCCUCAGGUUUUCUUCAUGUAUUUUGAGUGUGGACUGAAAAUUCCUUAACAUCUAUUUGAAACUAGUACCCUCCACACUAUAAAACCCUAACACUAUAGGGUCCAUGACAGGCAUACUCUACAAAAAUUGACAGAUGCCUGGAAAGAGAAUGGCCUACACAUGAAGAUCUGGAAUGACAAGAAAGCAAUAAAGGAAUUUGUAAUAAACAGGAUAAAAGAAAAGGACCAGAGCAUAUUAACUUUUCAAUUAAGAAAGAGACUCAAUCUGGAAAAGGCCUAGUCCAAAGAACAAAAGCAGAUUUGGAUUCCCUGUAAAUGUUUGCUACUAUAGGCAAAUUUAGCUCAGUGGUGCCUGCCUCGCAAGCGCAAGGUUCUCAGCUCAGUCCCCAGUACCCAGGAAAAAGUGAAUCAGACAUUGUGCACACAUAUUUGUCUCCUCGCUUAUUUAAAAUGCCACUUAAAUGUAAGGAAAUGAACAAAAUGCCAUAAAUCCACAAGGGUUAACAGAAUGGACAGGGAGAUGGGACAAGGAAACCAAUGGAUGAGGAGUAAAUGAUCUCUCAAAGCACUUUUUAAAAUGGUUUUUCUAGCAGCAGAAGCCAACAAGAAAAAUUCUGAAUGGGCUCAGUAAAUGGAGACAUUCAAGUUCCUCUGCCUACUAGAGGACCCAGACUCAAAGGAGCAAGUUGAGGAAUUUGAAGUUGGCAGGGCCUUUGCCAGUUCCAGUGGGUGAGGGCAACAGGCCUGCCUGAAGGCUGAAGAACUUACAGACCCCAGUGUCAUAUGGUUUAGUACUGCAUGAGGAAAGGCCUGGAGACUGAGUUCAGGAUAAAUUUCUAAAUUCAGGGUAUAAAAUGUCUAUAUCCACCAGGGCAUAUAUUUUUAUACCAUAUUUGGAAAGUUUACUUGGCAUAUAUUACUGAAACUUUCAACAACCGCAAAAUGAUGCAAGUUGUCAAUUGUCAUGCAUUCAGACCAUGUAUAAAUUGCUUGACAAUGCCACAUCUGUCACUUCUCCAUAAAUCCUUUAGAUGCUGAUAAUUAGAAUGAUAAAGUUGUGCUAUGAAGGCUUUUAGUUCAGAUAGUGAGAUGUCAUAAUAAAUAUAUUUUUAUUUGCAUUACUGUUUUCUUCAUCUGAACCAAGGUCUUCAUUCUGUACUUCUCUGUCAUAUCUUGCUAAUUGCUUUGGCUUAUAUGAUCCAAGUCAUCAUCAGUAGCUGAAUCACUUGACUCAUUUUCAAUCUCCUCCCAAAGUUGUAAAAG